GGCUUCUUCUUAUCCGAUUGGCAGUGGAGUCUGAAAUUAGAUAAACAUUUCCCUUUCUUGAAUGGAAUUAGUAAAACCUGUCCGAAUGCAACAAAUUUACCAAAAUCCCUUUCUUCACUUCAUUUAUAUUACGAGCCCCAACAAAUUCAUAUUGUCUUCUCCGAAGCAAAUCACCAAUCUGAAGCACUCUCCGUUCAGAAAUGGUUUUUCAUGUGAGAAAAGCAACAACGAAGAUCAUCCCCCAUUUUAGAAACGGGAUGAGUUUCUUGGGUUCGCUGGAAAUGGGUUUCUUCAACUCUUAUUCAACCCAUCUUCGUAAUACUUCAUUUGCAGCUUAUAAGAUCGGAACCGGAGCUUUGGAUUCUGAAGAUAUGCCGACCCAUUUGUCUGCUCGUCGUUUUGAAUCGAUUAAAGCGGGGAAACAAUUGGAUUCUGUCAACGAUGAUUGUGACAAUCAGGUUUUGGAGUUUCCAGGAGGAAAGGUUAAAUUUACUUCUCAACUGAGUUUCAUCCCUUAUCGUGAGGAGGAGCGGAUACCCUGCUUUCGUGUUCUUGAUGACAACGGCCAGCCUAGUAUGUACAGUAAUUUUACGCAGGUUAGCAAGGAGGUUGCUAUGAAGAUGUACAGUGACAUGGUUACCCUCCAAACAAUGGACACUAUCUUCUACGAAGCACAAAGGCAAGGAAGAAUAUCCUUCUAUUUGACCUCCCUUGGAGAAGAAGCAAUCAACAUUGCUUCUGCAGCAGCACUGUCAUUUGAUGACCUCAUUGUCCCACAGUACAGGGAGGCAGGAGUACUUAUAUGGCGCGGUUUCACUCUGAAAGAAUUUGCAAGCCAGUGCUUCAGUAACAAAUAUGAUUAUUGUAAAGGGAGGCAAAUGCCUGUCCAUUAUGGGUCUAAGAGACACAAUUACUUCACUGUAGCAUCAACAAUCGCUUCUCAAAUCCCCCAUGCUGUUGGUGCUGCAUAUUCAAUGAAGAUGGAUAAGAGAGAUGCUUGUGCAGUCACUUAUUUUGGUGAUGGAGGAACAAGUGAGGGAGAUUUCCAUGGCGCUUUAAAUUUUGCAGCAGUUUUGGAGGCACCUGUUAUUUUUAUUUGCCGGAACAAUGGAUGGGCAAUCAGUACUCCUAUUUCAGACCAGUUUCGAAGUGAUGGGGUGGUUGUAAAAGGUCGGGCUUAUGGAGUUCGCAGUAUCCGUAUAGAUGGCAAUGAUGCACUUGCUGUAUAUAAUGCAGUUCGAGCUGCUCGAAAAAUGGCAAUUCAAGAACAUAAGCCAAUUUUAAUUGAGGCUCUCACAUAUAGAGCUGGACACCACACGACAUCAGACGAUUCAACCAGGUAUCGUCCAGCUGAGGAAAUGGAAUGGUGGAGGGUUGCAAAGGACCCUGUCUCUAGAUUUAGGAAAUGGAUUGAAAGCAAUGGUUGGUGGAAUAAUGAGGCUGAAGCAGAGCUUAGAAGUAGCCUAAGAAAACAGCUAUUAGAGGAAAUUCAGUUGGCAGAGAGAUCAGAGAAGCCCCCUGUGGCAGAUGCUUUCACAGAUGUGUAUGAUGUUCCUCCUUCCAACCUCCAAGAGCAAGAAAAGUGGUUAAGAAAAACAAUCAAAACACAUCCACAAGAUUACCCAUCUAAUUUUCCUCUGUAAUCUGUCAUUGGGUUUUGGAACACUCUGCCUUGAAGAAGAAAUAUGAGAAUGGUGACAGUGUUUAUGAAUAAAGACCAUAAGGCAUAUUGAUCAAAUAAUAAAGUAAGUGUUCCUUCUAUGAGUCGAAUGUCACAUCAAAGUUCUAAAAUAAAUUGCAGUCAAAACUUUAAGAGACUGAUUUUGAUUUGA